UCCAGUGCAUCUGAGCUAUUUAUUUGCAUCCAUACGCAGUACCAUGAGAAUGGCUGGCUCAGGACUUCAACUCACAGUCUUACUGGGACUGCUUCUCUUAAUACUGACCUGCCAUGCAGAUGACAAACCAGAGGGAACCCCAGAAAAGGAACCAGAUGAUUCAGAAAUGAAGCCAGUCACAGACAUUCCCAAAUUCCUAAACAUCCUGGGCACAGAGAUCAUUGAGAGUGCAGUUGAAUUCAUUCUUCGCUCCAUGAAUAGGGGAUAGUAAGCGCUGAGACAAACCUGGCUUUUUGUUUAUUCCUUGUUAAUAAUGACCAUAUUGUGUCAAAAUGAAUUAAAAAGAAAAUUUAUAUCACA